GUGCUCCAGCUGAACUUACUCCCUAUUGGAUCUUCUUUCCGUCUAUCACAAGCCUAUAAUCAACACAAACGCUACUUGUACGCCUAAUUCCUGUCUGGAAGGGCUGGAAAAAAGCUAAAAACACACAUUAACUCUGAUUUUGAAGACGAGACACGACUCACACCGUGGGUCCUGAAUUAACAUCUGGAGGGGCACCAGAAAAUUCCAAAAGAUGACACAGUCUGUGCACAUAAGCCCCAAACUGAAUCUGGGGUCCCCUUUUCACUGUGCCACUCAAGAGGAAAUGGAUCAGGGUGCAUCCUAUUCUGUACAGACUCCAUAUGGAUUCCAGCUGGACCUUGAUUUCCUUAAAUAUGUAGAAGAAAUAGAGAGUGGUCAGACUUUCCGCCGAACGAACAUGAGCCCCCGGAGAGGAUCACGGAGUGACCGAGUCUCUCAGAGGAGUGUAGGGGGUCGCACCAGUGGCUGGACUUCUACUGAAUCACUGGCAUCAACAACCAGCGAAGAUGGUCGAGUUCUUCCGCCACCUGCUCCUCGAAGCCAUGUCACAUCAGUCAGCAGGUCACAGCCACUUUCACCGUCUUCAGUGAUCAGUCCCACGCUACCCCCUUGUUCAAAAAUGCCACCUCCCCCGCCUCCACGUAACCCCAGGGUAGAAAGAACGUUACUAGAGACAAGCCGUCGACUACAGCAGGAGCAGGGUUUAUAUCCAAAUGGUUUAGGCUCUCCUCUUUCAGACAGUGUAAAAGAUUGUGGAUCAAGUAGCAGCUUUUCAGUGCCUUCCCAGAUGGCUACAGAUGGUCACCUACUACAGAUUUCAUCAGCUGUGCAGAAUCCCACUACUGGUGGCUGGACCAGAUUUAGUCCUCAGAAUUCUGGGAGAAGCACCCCAGCCUCCAGCUCUGGAAUGUCUUCAUUUCCCCCAGGGCAGCUUCAGACAGUACGAGAACAGAUGGCCUUUGCCCUUAGACAGCUCAGGGAGAUGGAAGAAAAAGUAAAGGGAGUACCUGCACUUGAAAGAGAAGUGUCCAUGCUACGUGCUGAAAAGGACAGGCUGCUUGAGGCUCUCCAAAAGAAAACAGAAGAACUUAGUGCUCUGGUCAGUGCAAAAAACUCUGCUCUGGUAGAACCUGCACCUUUGUCAUCACCUACAGAUCCCAUUGCAAGAAUUGCAAGCGAAGAGCGAAAUUCCAGUGAAAAAGGAAAAGAAACCCCUGUUUUGGCUAAAGAAAAAAGAUCUGUAGCUGUAGGUAGUGAUGUUCCUGUUAAAAUUGUGGUGGUUCAGGAUGCAAAAGAUGCAGCUGUAGAAGCUGCUGUUGAUGUCUAUCACAGAGGUGUAGAAACUGAGCCAAUGACCGUCCGUGAUGAAGAAGUGCAGGUCGAAGUUUCAACAAAUGAAGUGGCAGUCUGGGUAAUGGAGUCAUUACUUGGGCUGUCGAGUGAGACUGAACAAGAAAUCGAAAACCUGCAGGAGACCAUUAAGUGUCAGCAAGAGUCAGUCCAUCUCCUUGAGAGAAGGUUAACCCAGGCCAAUCAGGACCUUGAGGAAUUAAGGGCUCUGGAGAUGGCGAGAACGUCAAAGAUCACGCUAGAACGAGAGACACUGGUCAAACCUGAGACGGCGGAUGUGCUAGUGGAAACUGAGCUUUGCUCCAAAACCUCUGUAGGAGUUGGUGUUUCCAGUGCAGACUUUCCAGCGACGAAAACGGAUCAGGGCAUUCAAACAGACUUUGUGGAAGCAUCGAAUAAAAAGGUGGCCGUAAUCCAUGUCAACACAGGUAUUCAGUGGGAAGAUCUUAUAAGCGCUGACAAAAAAGACAAUCAGGAACAGUCUGUCUGUGCUGACGCUACAGGCCCCCUGAAAUCCAUCAUGAAGAGAAAGGAUGGAAGUGGCGCAAGUGCUGCAUGCAGCAGUGGCAAAAAAAGCUUAAAGUUUGUAGGGAUUCUUAAUGGAGGCUACGAGUCAACAUCUAGUGAAGAGGAAGAGGAGGAAGAUGACGGGAGCUCCUCUGAUGGAAGUGGAGAUGGCGGGUGCUCAGACAGCAGUGAGGAAGAGGCCGCAGCUCUAGAGGAUACCUCUGAUGAAGAAAGGAACAUCAAUUUGGACGAAAGUGAUAGUGAUGAAAACGUAGCCGCUGUGACAGAUGGUGCUAGGGAACAGGCUGAAGUACUAAAGGAAAAGUUUGAACUGAGUUCAAAAAUGCGUGAGGCUUGCCUCAUUUUAAAGACCCACCUUAACGAUGGUGCCAAAACAACAAAGAGUAAAGAACUGCUGUCCAGCACCCACACUGUGCAACUGGAAUGGUUCAGAGUGUCCAGUGCGAAGACGGCCCAGCCAUCCCGAGUUUCCAACUACCUGAUGGCUUUCUCUGAGCUCUCCCCUGCUCUGGUGCGGCACGUAGUCAACAUGACCGACGGCAACGGCAACACAGCUUUGCAUUACAGUGUUUCCCAUUCCAAUUUCACUAUAGUUGGACUCCUACUUGAUACAGGUGUGUGCAAUGUGGAUAAGCAGAACAAGGCAGGAUAUACCGCUGUGAUGCUGGCAGCCUUAUCAGCAGUGAAAGAAGAGGAUGACUUGUUGGUAGUCAAGAAACUGUUCAGUCUGGGCAAUGUCAAUGCCAAGGCAAGCCAGGCUGGUCAGACGGCACUCAUGCUGGCAGUAAGCCAUGGGAGGCAGGAGAUGGUGCGAGCGCUACUCGAGUGCGGUGCCAAUGUGAACAUACAGGAUGAUGAGGGCUCCACAGCCCUCAUGUGUGCCAGCGAGCACGGGCGUGCCGAGAUCGUCUCUCUUCUGCUUGAGCAACCUGGUUGUGAUAUUGCCAUCGUAGACAACGAUGGCAGCAAUGCCCUGUCUAUUGCCCUGGAGGCAUCCCACAAUGACAUUGCAGUGCUACUGUACGCCCACAUGAACUACUCGAAAGCUCAGUCUGACGUGUCCCCCAGAGCAAACCCUAGGAGUCCAUCCAGUCCUAGAAAGACAUGGCCCUCUGAGUGAUGGGCUCUAAAACUGGCAAGAAGUGAAUAUUAUCAUCAUUAAAUAGCUUUACAACAACAACAAAAAAAGAAAAACUAACAUUGUUCACAUUACAGUAAUAAUGUUUGUUUCAUUUACACACAGUGUUAUGCCAUUUAGUGCAUUAUAUUACACUUAGUGUUUUGUAAUAUUGGGUAUGAAACGCGUGCGAAGAGGACAAUCAACACCUCUGUAGCUCAUCUUAAAGAUGUGAACCACUGAUACAAGAACCAAAGAAUGUCUUAACUCGGACUGUUACUUAGUAUAGCGAACGUUUUGGGGUUCAUCAGGUUUUACACAGUGAAGUGACGCACAAUCCAAAGUGACCUUCGAUUUGUUCAGACUGAACAUGGUCUUUGUUUAUUCGGAGCUCGCAGCAGCCCUGUAGCCUUGGGAUCACACUGCGCUCAUUUGGUUUAACUCAGUGUUCUGUUUAUGAUUGAUUUCGCACAAUGCAGCCUAACAAGCAACACAUCGCCGACUUGCUAGAAUAUGACGUACUUGUAGACUCGUCUGAUCACAGAUCUGCUGGACCAUACUAAAAUGACAAACACUUUACAAUUGAACCGUAUCUCUUUAAAAAAAAAAAGAAAAAGUGGAGUUCCUUCCUAAAGGUAAGGGUGAAUUUUUAAUGCAAAGUAUAUUUUUAGACAAAGUAAAAUAUGCAUUCUUGUUCAUUCUUAUGAUGUUAUUUGUAAAAGAAACCUAUCCUUAUGUGGGCAGGGUUUUUAAAAAAGCCUAGUUGGAAAACACUCUUCUAGCCUGGUCUGCCUUGCCGGAUGUGGCCUUUUGUAUACAACCGACUUUAUUGUUGCUGUAGAGGUUUAUUUAGGGAGCACAGGUCCUGUAUCAACACUAACACCAUACUAUUUAGCUAAACACUAAUUACAAAUCUGCUCAAAAUCACAUUUGAGCAUUGCAGGAAGCAUAGAGAACCAGUUCAAACCAGUUCCCAGAUGGUCAAAUCAUAAGAUUUUUGCUCCUGCUAGAAAAUUUUAUCAUGGUAAGUUUGAUACAAACCAGUUACCACAACAUCUGGUGGCUGCAGAGAUGCUGGUCAGUCUACUUGGUUAGUUUGUGCCACCUAGAGGUGAACAUGCUCAUGCAUCGUGGGAAAUGUGUAAUAGAGUACUGCUUACUGUGCUCUCUAAAUACAGUGCAACUAGAAAACUACUUAACUGGCCCUUAGUAUGAUGGCUGAAAAACAUACUGCACAGAUGUUAAGGAUUGUACCAAAGAUAAUUUAACCCAGCUCAUUAGGGUAUUUCUCCCAAUCCAAAAUGCUUGUGCGUGGGACAGAUGGAACAUGCUUGGAUUUUUUUGAUUUUUUUUUGUGCAUACACUUUAACUUUUCACUCUUAGCUUAUAAUAUAUUAUAAAGCCACUGUACUAUAAAACCAGACAGAGUUAAAGGUUCAUAUGCUCAUAGAAUAAUGUACUCUAUGUUAAUGUAUUAUUAUUACUAAUUAUUUGCUGGUUUCUUCCUCAUUUGUGCCUAACCCAGCACUGCUCCCUGUUACUGUAAAAUAUUAUUGCUAUUUUUUAUGUUUCGUUAUGUGCCUUGGGAUAUAUAGCCACCUUAAAACAUGAAAAUAAACUUUAUUAU